AUGUCCGACAUCACAGAGUGGGAGUUGAGAGCCAAACGCUCCCCUAGCUGGAGCCAGCCUGCAGACCAGCAGAUUGUCGACCUCCUCAUUUCGAUGUUCCACGAAGAAAUCCGACCAAGCUAUGCUGCAAAGGCUAUGCACAGAAUCCAGGGUGUCGGAUUCCGCUGGUUGAUCGUAUGCGAUGCGAUUCGUCGCCUGGGAGGCUCGCUCAAGAUCUCAGAGCUUUUGGUGGAUUUGCUCAACGCGCUCGCUAGGCUAUCGAUCGAAGAUACCCAAGAUCUACAGGAGCAGGACAAAGCGUCUCCAAAGAAGCCAGAGCUUCCACAGUCGUGGCAUGUCACAUUCCGAGAGUAUGGCCUUUUCCUUGUUCACUACGACGAAGCGAUAGACAACAAAGACGAGUUCUACGGACAAGGUGCAAAGCUUCUGAAUGCCUCCACUUUCGCCGCUACCCUCAUGUUGCAAGCCGAGUUUGACAAUGAUAUGCAUCUCUAUGCAUUCGAGGCAAUGGAUACGGCUUUGGUGGCUGGCUAUGACCCGGACUACCUUGGGCAAGAAUGGCGGGUCAUGCUUCCUUCAGCAGCUGCAUGGGUUUUCAUCGCCGCGCCAAAGAUGCACGAGAUUUGUCAAAAUGGUCUUCAAGAUUAUAAACCAUCACCGGAGAAGUGGACAUUAUGGAAACAGAAGCUAAUGGGCCUGGCGAGCUCAUCGGAUCUCGACAACAACUGCAAGAGCUUAUCAGCGAGGGCAGCGCGGCUGAUGGAGGAGGUGGAAAACUCGUGA